CCACUAUUUGAAUCACAGUCAUCAAGCAAGAAUACAAUAUUCCCAUAACAUUAUAAAAUCGUCAUAUUCCGUAUCCAAGUUUAUCGUUUGAACACUUAAAAUGUAUUCGAAAAUCAUGUUGCUAUUUAUUUGCAUUGCAUGGUACGUUUUGCAAUGUCAAUGUGCUGGUCAAGGCCCUAGUGAAAGUCAACUUGCUGUGGUAGUAAGAAAAGUCGAUGAAAUUUAUCACAAAACGAAUGGCAUCAGCUACGAUGACUUUUUUGAAGCUUUGCGCUAUAUACAAAUUGUUACGGGAGCAAAAGCAACUAUCCUCAGACGUGAUGAAUUUGAAAAUACAUUGGAAGGUCGUCAAUAUACAUUAACAGAUUGUUUAAAUCUAACGAGAUUUAUUGUAGGUGACGAUACUCAGCAGUUCAACUCAAAAAGGAUAUAUCCAUUCAUAAAGAAGACCAAUUGA